AUGAACACCACCAAAGCCCUAUCAAGAGCACCGACGGCGCCGUUUUUCCUCAAAGCUAGAAAAUUGGGGCCAAAUUUCAGGUGGGCCGUUCAAUUUCGUCCCAAAUUUCUUAAUUUCCGGCCAACAGCAUCGGGAGGCGACCAUCUUCCGGCAAACCCUGCCUCGGUGACUGCUGUGGCGUCAGACGUUAAUUCUGUGGGUCUCUCUCAUGAACCUACGGAAUCGAAGGUGGAGAUGGUCGAAGUUUAUAUUGAAAAGUUAAUCUACGGGUGUCGUUUUUUCGCCAUUCUUGCGGGUUGCGUAUAUGUUGUAUCGUCAUUUCAAGGUUAUUUUGUGGACCGAGGGAAAACGAUUGCAUCACUUGUUGAGGCCACUGAUGUCUACUUACUUGGAACUGUGAUGCUGGUCUUUGGCAUGGGCCUUUAUGAGCUGUUUAUCAGUAAUCUCGAUAAAUCGAAAUCCAUGUCGGAUGGAAGACUUACGUACAGAUCAAAUUUGUUCGGUUUGUUCACUCUCAAGGAACGACCUCGAUGGCUGGAAAUAAAAACCGUGAACGAGCUGAAAACAAAACUCGGUCAUGUUAUAGUGAUGCUUCUGCUUAUUGGAUUGUUUGACAAGAGCAAAAAAACAAUCAUACAAUUUCCUUUUGAUCUUCUUUGCUUCUCUGCAUCCGUCCUCCUCUCGUCCGGUUGCCUUUUCCUGCUAUCGAAGCUAAAUGAAUAA